CCCGCCGGAAGAGGCGGUUCGUAAACUUGGAGGGAAUUUGAAUUAAAAGAAUAAUGAAUUGCACAAUGGUCAACACAGAAAUACUUGAGUAGUAACAUUUCAUUUAAUUUCUCAUGAAUUCCUUGCUCAAUUUUCGCCAGCUAUAACUAGAUAGUUGGAGUAUUUCAACAUGGGCUGUACAGUGAGAACGUGGCGUGUGAAGCAAUACUAGCCAACUACAAAUUAAUUUGCGAUCUAGUCGGCAUCAGGGCUAUGCAUUCCAACAGGAAGAAUCUAGCGACACAACUGAGCCAAGCUGUCAGAGAUGGAGAACCGAGGGCUGUGGAAAAUCUUCUUUCGCGAGGCGCAAAUCCAAACUUGAUACUUCGCAAAGGUGUCGCGGCGGUGCAUUUAGCUGUCGGCAUAGAGACAGAGAAGCGAAUUCGUUGCCUAAAGCUUCUUCUACAGCAUGGGGCUGACCCUAAUGUGAGGUCGGUAGAGGAUCUGACACCCUUGCACGUUGCUGCACUAUGGGGCUGCUACCAGAACCUCAAGCUGCUUCUGCAGAAUGGAGGAGACCCCAGCUUAAAAGACCAGGAUGGGAACCAACCAGUUGAUUUGGCAAAUCAACAGGAGAACAGCAAAUGUGCACAGCUCCUGCAGGAAUACCAGUCCUUGGAUGGUACAGAAGCAGAGGAGGAAGACCUGCCGCAAUUCCAAUACUCCUUUUAUCGUGGCCAUGGCAGUAAGGUCGUACCCUCCAGCUCUUGCAUGGAAGAAAGCACUUCUGCAUCUGAGAACUCCCGAUUUAGUGACUUCAAUGAGGGGCCACUCAGUAGCACACGGCGGUCUUCCUGUUUGAACCUGUCAGGAACCAGCAACAGGCCCAGAUUCUCAGGGCUGUCCGAUAUCACUGACCUACAUUUACGUCGUACCCUGGAAUGGGACAGGGACUCGGACUGGGGUGUUCCCUCAGUUCUCUAUAGCACUCGGAUGUCCGCAGCAGGUUCGAGAGCACCCUCAGGGACUUUGCCUAUACUUCAGGAGGGAGUCGCACUUCCUAACUGCAGCUUGUUGCCCUCUAAGGACCUAGAUAUCUCUGCGAUCCAAAGACAGUCCAGUGUGUUCCCUCACCAUGAGGACCCACCCUGUUACUCACGCCUUGUCAGCCGAAAAAGUGUAACCUUCAAGGACACGGACGAAUACUUUCCGGUGUUCAGUUCCGACUCUCCCAGGAAGCCAGUGGAACAAGAGAGUAGCUCCUUGUUUGACACAACAGUCGACUUCUCAACCUACCCAAACUUUCUGGAUUCAGAGCGUACGGCUACUUUGCAGCAUCAUCAGGGAAUCGAUGUCACCUCACCUGAUCACGUCUUUGUAUUCUCCCGAGAUAUUGAUUGUGCCAGUCCUGACUUGGAUAAGACUGUAAUGGGACAUUGGCUAAUGGAGGGGGGCGAAAUGGAUGAGGGAGGUGGUGAGGAGUUUGAUAAGGUGAUUGACCCUGUCCAGCCGCCUCACAGCUCCGGUAGCAGCAGUGGGGCUAGUCAAUACAGUAGCUGUGACAGUGACCAGUACACCAGUGCCCUAGAGCCACCGCUCCAUCACAGGUGCAUCCCACCUUCGACAGAAGAUGCAGAAAAGAGAUCAGAAUCUAGAAAAUGUGGCACUCCUCCCGAGGCAGCCUCCUUUAUUUUGCCAUCAAGCAGGGCAGCACCACAAGAGCCUACAUUUCCUUUGAAAUCACUGGGCGCAGAGAGUUUGUAUCCUGUACUUGGAGAAGAGCUAAAGGAGCGCUUGUUAAGCAAGGGUCCUUCACAUAACGAUGGGUAUCCUGCCUUACCAAAUGUCCCCAUUCUGUGGGGCUCAGACCCUUCAAAUGGGGUCAUGACAGAGGCAGAGCUUCCUGCUAUGAUGAACGACUUGCAGCUGUGUGCUAAAUCCCCCCUAAGCAAAACUGGGAAAGACCUGCAGAAAGGUCUGGUUAAGGCAUUUUCAGACACAGUCCCUGCGGCACAAUCUGAGAGGGAGGAGGACCUGCAUGCAGGGGAGUUCAUGCAUUCUUCCAGAGCAAGUGGGGCUCUGGCCAAGGAAGAGAUAGAGUUUCCACUGACACCCAGCCCAUUUGUCACAGGAAGGACACGUUCCAGAAUGAGCCGCUCCUCCCUACGAACCACUGGCAGCCCACACACACCCCUGUCCGCUUCCUCUCUGUUUGAUGUGACCAUGUCUCCACCAACACGCCGGUUGCGUCGUAAUAACACUGGCAGAACAUGUGACAGACAGGCAGAUGGACUUCGUUGCACUCCAAAUCUUUCAUCAAAUGGAUUGGGGGCUGCUCCAGCAAACGCCGAAAUUCAGGGCAGCCAAGAGAGUGAGACCUGCAGUCUGAGGGCUGAUGGACACCAGAGUUCACAACGGAGUGACAGCCAAGCAGACACCCUAAUAAUCUCUAGGAGUAUGGCUGACACAGUUAUUAUCUCUGGUAGUUUAGCUGACACUGUGAUCCUGGAGGACAGGAAUGGUGAAAGUGUGCCUAACUCUUCUGGAGACGGUCAAGUUGAGACCAGUCCAUCUUGCCCCAGUAAUGAUGUUAUAGAGGAGAAGGAAUUCCUAACGGAUGAUCAGUCAAGUUUGAACGGGGAAGGGCCCAAUGAGGUAUUGAAUCUGGUUCCUCCUCAAGUGAGUCCUCCGAGGCAAAAUGUGGAAGAAUCCUGGAUCACUGAUGAUGUUGAGUCCAGUGACUCACAGUCAGAGCUCCAUUAUACUUCUCCAGAGCCACGGAAAGAACCACCGGCAACCCCUGCCUCUGGAGGUACCCCACGAUACAGUAUGAGUAGGCUAUCUGCAUGCCACAAGCCCCAGACCCUGGCCAACCUCUCCUACACCCCAGGAGGACGGCCCCUGAUUGUGGAUGUGGACGAGCCUGUUGAGUACCUUUAUACUGAUGUUGAACAAGGCCAUGAGCUGAUCGAGUGCCAUUUGCCACCCACUGCCAACACCAGCCUCAGCUCCAAUACGAGCAGUAGUGAGGAUACUGUGCUGUAUGACUGGCGCUCUGCGAUGCUUGGCCUCGGAAAGGAGAACCAUCUGUGUCAGGAAGAGGUAUUGCCAGAUACCAAGGGGCUAACUGACAAGGAGCUGAGGUGCAGGCUGAAGGAGCUGGGGGAGGAUCCAGGCCCCAUCAAUCGGCGUACUCGUCCAGUGUACAUCCAGAGACUGCACCGCCUACAGAUGAAGCCCAACAGCCAACAGCCAGCCAAUCAGAACUCGGGAUACAGUACGGAAUUGGCUGCUGCUCUGGACCGUUUUGCUCUGCCUAACUGCUUUGAUGAUGAGAUGGCACUGUGCCAGCAGUUUGACCAACCAGACCAAAAUAGGAAGUGGCGUGAAGGCAUCAUCAAGUCCAGCUUCAACUAUCUGCUCCUCGACCCCAGAGUCACAAAGAACUUACCAUACCGCAGUCAGUCCAUGACCCCUGCAGAGUGUUUCCAAACUUUUGUUGGAGCCAUUUUCUAUGUGGGCAAGGGCAAGAGAUCUCGGCCGUACAGCCACCUGUACGAAGCACUGGAGUACUACCGAGGAGACAAAAUUUCCAAGAAACUGUGCUCCAAGGUGCAGCACAUCCUGCAGGUAUGGAAUGCUGGGCAGGGGGUCAUUUCCCUGCACUGCUUCCAGAACGUCAUCCCAGUGGAAGCUUACACCCGAGAAGCCUGCAUGGUUGAUGCCAUUGGCCUAAAGAUGCUGACCAAUCAGAAGCGGGGGGACUACUAUGGGAUUGUGGCGACUUGGCCUUUGAAACAGCGGCGUGAACUGGGAGUCCACCUGCUUUUCCGGGCCAUGCAGAUCUUCCUGGCGGAAGGAGAACGGCAGCUGCGGCCAGUGGACAUCAGGGCAGGCCAGUGAGUGCUCCACAGAACAAGGGACAGUCCUGGCAGAGACACGGGUCAGAGACAGUAGUGACUGGAGGGGAAAUACCACUUAUUCAUGAGGUCUCAUUAUGAAGAUCAGCCCUCAUUUGCAUUAUUAUGAAGUUCUGCAGUAGAAGCCUGGAUUUCAGGAGAUUUGCAAUGUGCAUGACUCAUACCUAAAUUCAAAUUCCCAACUACAUACCUGGUCCUGUUGCACAGCAUGCAGCAUGUUGUGGGUUAGCAACAAUACUCAUUACUACAAGAAUGAGGAUUUCCUGGGAUUUCAAUUCAAUUCAAUCAACAAAACAAAAAUGUACAGGUCAGAGAUCAGUGGAGUUUGAUACCCAGUUUUAUACCCAUACUUGAAACAGGUGGAUAAUGCUAUGAAAGACUGAAGAUUCUGGAACAGUCUAAACUGAGGUAAUCCAAUGUUUACAGAACGUGUAUAUUAAUGACAAAUGAACUAAUUAACACAAUAACAAUUUUACAUUUGAGCAUCAGCGAAAGGUUAAAAAAAAAGGUGGGGGGACUGUACACUGGGAUUAAAGUCGUAUUUUUUAUAUAUAGACGGUAGCAUCAUAUUUUGGUUAUAUUUGAAAUAUUGUUAGAAAGUUUAAGGGAUCCUUCAACUGGAAAUCAAUGCAACUGAAUUAAGUGUGUGGAUCUGGAAACCCUGCUUCACAGCUUUUGUCAGUUGCAAUCUGAAUUUGAGGUGUAUGCUGAUUUAUUGCAUAUCCAUAGGCCAGGUGGAUGAUCACACUAUCUGAACAAAAUGAGUUAAUUGCUACCGUAUGCACCCGGGCCUAAAAAAGGGGGACUAAACUGUAAGUGCUUUUCUCUUUUUCCAUUUUAACCACAUUAACAAUUUAAACACUUUGUAAAAACUGCAAGAGCAUCCAUUACUUUAUUCAAAGCAGUAGUUCGUUUUAGAUACCUGUAUAGCUAGUUGAAAUAGCCCUUGUAUGCAGCAUUAACAGGUAGUUUAUGGGUUCUGAAAAGGGACUUAACAUUAGGGCACUAAUAUAAACUGAUAACAUUAACUGAGGGUCUGUGAUACCUCAUGCUUAACUGGGGUCCAAAGAGUUUUAAAUAACCACUUCUCCAUGACAAUGAAUUUACUGGGUCAGUUGAACACUUAAACAGCCAUUAAAAGUAGUGUCUGUGACAGAAUUAUCAGCAAGAAUUUCCAGAACAUAUCUGAAGGGGGAACUGACAAGCUUUAAAAGUAAACAGUCACCGUUCAGGACUACGGUCAGUUUUUUUGCAAUGUAGUGGUUGAACAAGAUCUGCUGGUCACAAUAAGGGAGAAGCUCAGCCAGUCUGGGAAGGACAUUGAUACUCCGAGGUCUGCUUCCUCCAACUACAGCCUGAACAUUGUUAGAAUGGCAGUGUGAAGAACAGUGUUGCAUACAUUUUUAAACAUGUAUACACUUAUUAUAAAUGGUAACCUGAAAAAACAUUAAUAACAUACUGUAACUUAAUAUAUGGCAACAUUACACACACAUUUUGAACAUAUGCAAAGGCUUGUUGGUGUGUAUACAGCUUGGUUACUCAGGCCUCAGAACAGUCAUUCUGUUCCAGUAAUCUCAUAAAGUCGCAUUAGGCUUUUAAGUUUUUAUUUGUCGUUUGUAAUGUCAUUGUGCUUAAGAUUUUUUUUUAUUUUUUUAUUUUUUACACAUAGCAUUAGGUGGCAUACAAAGUCACGUUUUCAUUUAUUCAUGUGUAAAGGUUUUCUUUAAAAAAAAAAAAACAAAGAAAAACUUCUGUUUGUGAUUGUGCGAGUUCAUUUUUUCACCAAGUGUCUUUAGCAUUAGAAUGGAUCCUUUUUGUUCCAGGAAAAUGACACCGUGGCACAAUUAUGGGCUUAUUUUUCCAUUUCACAACCGUAAAAAAAUAUUUGUACCCUUGGCAGAGGCAGUAGUUUUAUAAAUUCAAGCAUCUUGAAGACCUUGAGCAGGCUACUACCAUUUACAUUUUAGACAGGCAUGUGUUGUAGUGCUUUAAAUCAGCAGUCUGCAUUUAGAAGCCAGGUUUAUCCAUAAAGUGCAUAUGCACAUUGUCUAUCAACAAUGUGGGAAACUUGCCCAUUUUAUGUACAGCAUUUCAGUGAGUGGGCCUACAAUCAUUUUUUCAAUAAAUUUAAAUGCACUUAUAUUCAA